ACUGCAACCAUUAACUAUUUUUUAAUCUUUACGCCUUAAUUUGAUAAUCCAACAUCCAUCCUUUCGAAAAAGUGUAACAUUAACUUAAAUUUUUUCUAUAAAAUUGUUCAGUUUUACACAAAAUGGCUCGUUCACUUAUGAGAUUCGGGAAAUAUCUAAGUACAAAUUACAACAAUCCUAUUCCACUUUCGGUGAUAUCAGUGCGAAACAGAUGCUCGGAUACCCGAAUUAAAGCUGUCAAACCCAUUGUCGAAAUGGACGGAGAUGAAAUGACAAGAAUUAUCUGGCAGUUUAUAAAAGAAAAACUAAUCUUCCCCUAUGUUAAAGUAGAGUGUUUGUACUACGAUCUUGGGCUUCCGUAUAGAGAUCAGACGAAUGAUCAGGUAACAAUCGAUGCUGCGAAUGCAAUCCUUAAGCAUAACGUAGGCAUAAAAUGUGCAACAAUCACCCCAGAUGAACAAAGGGUAGAGGAAUUCAAGCUUAAAAAAAUGUGGCUCAGUCCAAACGGAACUAUCCGUAACAUUCUCGGAGGAACAGUAUUCCGUGAACCGAUACUCUGUAGCAACAUUCCACGUCUUGUGCCUGGAUGGACUAGACCUAUCGUUAUUGGUCGUCAUGCCCAUGGUGACCAGUAUAAAGCCACAGAUUUUGUUGUAUCCAAACCAGGCACCGUAAAACUGAUUUACACAGGUGAUGAUGGAACAACUGAGGAACAUACGCUGUUUAAGUACAAGGGCGGUGGUGUUGCUAUGGGCAUGUACAACACGGACGACUCUAUUAAAUCGUUCGCUCACUCAUCCUUCCAAAUAGCGCUGGGCAAAAAAUGGCCGUUAUAUUUAUCCACCAAAAACACAAUCCUGAAGCGUUACGAUGGUCGCUUUAAAGACAUUUUUCAGGAAAUUUACGAAAAAGACUACAAGAAGCAAUUUGAGGAGGCAAAGAUUUGGUACGAACAUCGAUUGAUCGAUGAUAUGGUUGCCCAGGCUAUAAAGUCCGAUGGUGGAUUUGUGUGGUCUUGCAAAAACUACGAUGGAGACGUUCAAUCCGAUGUUGUUGCGCAAGGCUACGGGUCACUUGGGUUAAUGACUUCAGUUCUGGUAUGCCCAGACGGAAAAACUAUCGAAUCUGAGGCGGCCCAUGGUACAGUAACACGUCAUUACAGAGAACAUCAAAAGGGAAAACCAACAUCCACCAACCCGAUUGCUUCAAUCUUUGCGUGGACUCGUGGGCUGGAACAUCGUGCUAAGCUAGAUAGCACCCCUGAACUCGGUCGCUUUGCCACUGCACUUGAACGGGCUUGCGUAGAUACGGUUGAAUCUGGAAAAAUGACCAAAGACUUGGCCAUAUGCAUUCAUGGAAUGAAGAACACGAAGGAAGGCAUGUACCUUAACACACAAGACUUUUUAGAAGCCAUCGCUGAUCAGCUAGAGCGUUCGUGGAAAAAAUGAAGCAUCCAAAAUCACUUCUGAGUGACACUAAGCAAAAUCAGGGACAUUUUACCAUUUUAUAGAUACAAAAUCUAUGUGCAAAUAAUUGCUAUUAAAUUAAUUGCAAACCAUUCGAUAUAUUCAGUCUAGUGCCUCUAGAAAACUACUAUCAAAGAUACUCCAAAUCCCCAAAUACAAAAUUACGCUUAUGAGUGUACAUUUACGCGUAAAUAAGAUGUAAACAGGUGUUGAUGUCGAUUUCUCCAACAUGCUGUUAAUGAUUUGCAUUGCACCUUAUAAAAGGAACUAGAUAUGCCAGUUUUUGAUUUCAUCGUACAUGAGUAAAAAGUAUGCCUUCAAUACUAUCUACCGGCGGCAGAAUUUACUAGACUAUCAUAGUCUUUGCAUCGCCUUCUCAUUUAACAUAAGUGUUAAUGACAUAUGAUAUAGUCAAACGUGUGUCUAUGAGAAUGCUUUACGAACACUGUGACAAGUUAGUAAACGCUCUUGCCGUUAGGAGCCACUUUACUGACGAUUGAAUUUGCAAAAAAUGGCAUGUCUAAAAAGCAUAGAUCUAAGAUCUAAUCUAAUCUAAGGCCCCGUACAGAGUAGGGUAGGGUUUGGACCCCAUCAGCAGCUGUACAUAAUUUGGACACUUCCAUUUGGUUUUGCUGUAAGUGUCCAAAUUAUGUACAGCUACUGAUGGGGUCUAAAAUACGUUGGUUACCCUAAACGCGACAGCGACGCGACACGACUUCGCUCACAUUCGUUUAAAUACGCAGCCCUGCUUCCAGCGAAAAAGUGCUGCGUAUUUAAACGAAUGUGGACGAAGUCGCGUCGCGUUUACUCUGGCGUUACCCUAAGAUUGCACUUAUACUAUUUUAGAGCCAUUUCCUGUGUACAUCUUAUCGUUUCCAUAUGCUCGUAUGUAUGUUUUGACUAGAUUGUGAUCAUAAUUUAAGUUGAAACAUCCAAAUAAAAAUCAAUAUUCUU